GUGCCGUUGUCUUGGCCUGGCCAACACAAUUGCCGUAAUCAGCGCGCGUGUGAUCCAAGUAGCUUUGAAUAGUAAGCACAAGUUGAUGAAUUUCAGCUCGAAACAAAAGAACCAAGUGAAAAGCGAGUAAUACGCUCAAACAAAUUAUAACGUGACGGCAAUUAUUAAUAUCGUUGAAAUUCAAUACCAAAGAUGUAAACCACAAUACAUUAACAACAGAAACGUGCUUAUGAUGGCAGAAUAAAAAUGGAUGCAUGCAAUAGAAAUGAAGAAUUGUAAACAAAUUUUAAAAUUAAAUAUAAACAUAAAUAAAUAAAUGCCAAAGCAAACAGACAUUACAACCCAAAUUGAGGAAGCAACAAGGCUACAAUAACAGCAACUAUAUAGCAACAAGUACAGUACACACACACACAAAACGAACUCCAAGACGACGACGACGAGAACGACGACGAACAGACUUAAACACACUCGACCCAAGACGCCAAUACAAUCAGACCCCGCACCCUCAGCACCGACACCCCUCCUUUUGAAUGUGUGUGAGUGCGAGUGCAUUAAAAAAACUGAGAAAAACAAUAUUAUAACAGAACCCUCCUUGAAAAAGGAAACAUCACUUGUCAACAUUGCGGCGAGCUACGUGUGCGGAAAAUUUUCAACAACAUUGGCAACAUGUUGCUGAGACGCUUACAACAACAACGACGACAACACAGCCCUACGCCGCCGCUAAUCGGAUUUACAAGCGGCCGAACGUGGCUACUUUUGCUCUUCCUGUCAUUCAUCUGUCAUGCCGGCGCACAAAUAGAUCAUACUAUCAGCGAACAUGAAAGCAAAUCUGUGGUGCUCCCCUGUCCCGUCAAUGAGCAGAAAUGUGGAAAAUUGCAUUCAUUAAAUUGGUUUAAGGGCGAUGAUCGCAUCGCUGCGAUGCUGCUUGGGGAUAGCAAUGUGACCAGUGUGAAUAAGGAAUUUGAGAAUAGAGUUACUGUUGAGCAAAAUCCAUACAGAUUAGUUAUUAAGGACUUGAAAAUAUCUGAUGAGGAUAUCUAUCUAUGUGAUACAACAUUUUUUAUACCAGAAGAAACGUGUGAUAACUUCAAUGGCUAUCGUGUCGAAUUGAGAGUCUUAGUGCCACCCACGGAGGUUGUGAUUUUGGACGAGAAAGGCGACCGCAUCGAAAAUGGCAGUGUCGUGGGACCCAUGCAGGAGCGUCAGACGCUCAAGGCGACGUGCAUAGUGCGGAACACGCGCCCGCAGCCGGAUGUGGGUUGGUGGCGCGGCAGCAAACGGCUAGCAACAUAUUCACCUACACACGAUCAAAAAGAUGGUCUUUAUACGUCCACACUUGAACUGGAAUGGCAAUUAUCGCGUGAGGACUUGGCGCAAGAUAUCGAAUGUCGUGUGGAAUCGGCAGCAAUUAAAAAUGAAAUUGUUGCCAAAUUUAGCGUUGAUUUACAAGUGAGGCCGACGAGCAUAACCAUCAACGGUGUGGAACAUCAUACGGUGCAGGGCAGCAAAGUGGUGCUAACAUGUGACAUAUACGGUGCACGACCUGCAGUCAAUCUGACUUGGUAUAAUACAACAUCGGUCGUAAGUCCGGAGGAAAACGAUCUCACCGAGAUCAGAACUAAAGCGUUUGAAAAGGAGGACGGCACGUAUCACACACAGUCUGAACUCAUCUUUAAUGCCACAAGAUUCGAAAAUGAUCGCGUCUUUCGUUGCGAAGCUCAGAACAUUGUACUGCAAAUCAAUCGGGAGAAACCGUUGGCCUCAUCUUUAACCUUGGAUGUUCUAUAUCCGCCCGUCGUUAAAGUCAGUCCGCCGGAAAUGGUGACAAACACCAGCGAAAUUGUGCUGCUCAAUUGUGAAUAUGUGUCGAAUCCCGCCUCACUGACGCACGUCGUUUGGUAUCGCAAUGGCGACAUCGUGAAUGUCAACGACACGGACCGCUAUCAGGGCGGCAACGCGGAGAACGUUGCCUUGGUCAUCAAAUCCACGGACAAGGAGGACAUUGGCAACUAUACGUGCCAGCUUUCCAAUGUGAUUGGCAAAGGCAUCUCCGAGCAGCAAAUCGACUUGGAUGUUCAAUAUGUGCCCAUUGUCGAGGUGCUCAUGAUACCCGAGGGACCGGUAAAGGAGAGCGACGAGUCAAAUGUGACUCUUUUUUGCAACGUUCUAGACGCUAAUCCCGGCGUGCUGACAAAAGUGCGCUGGUAUGCCAAUUCCACGUUGCUCAAGGAGCUACCUGACUGCGAGGAGACUAGGGAGGACUUGUGCCACAUAGAUCCCAGCAAGCUGUUGCUUGAAAGCAUUGGACGUGGAUUCUUUUACAACUAUUCCUGCGAGGGUUACAAUGCCGCUGGCUGGGGCCCUCGGAGCGAAGACAAGGAACUAAUGGUGCACUAUGAGCCUGGACCAGCCACACUCACCCACUUCCCGCUGAUUGCUGUUAAAAAGAAGAGUGUAAUAUUUUCGUGCUCGGUGGAUGAUCCGGGCUAUCCCGAAUCAAAUAGAUAUCGUUGGCUGCGCGGUGGUCGCGGUCCGCUGACGGAUAUUGUGACCAAGGACUGGACGGUGGAGCCGGUGGGUCUGGACAGCCGCACCAACUACUCCUGCUAUGCGUACAAUGAGGGCGGCAAAGGCGUAAUGGCCACAGUCAAUUUGGAAGUACAUGCUCCACCAUUUUUCAUCAAGAAUUUGCCACCGUACACAGGCAUGCUGCAUGCCUCGCACAAUGCCAACCUGACGUGUCGCAUCGAGUGUGUGCCGCGCUGCGAGAUCGCCUGGCUGAAGGAUGGUGUGCCCAUCGAGAAGAAUGAUACGCGUUACUUUGUCAAGGAGAAGUAUAUGGAUGCGUCGCCGGCAACCGGAGAUUUCGAGAGCAUGCUGUCGGUUCUGCACUUCAAUAUGUCAAAUUGGCCCAAUAAAAAAUUCGACAUCGAGGCGGAUAAUGCAAAUUAUACAUGCGUAUCGACGGGGAACACAGUAGGCGGUGGCAUCAAGAGCGCCACAUAUUUCAGCAUUGAAUAUGCGCCCUCCAACACAACUGUCUCCGAAAAUAUUGUUUACGUGCAGGAGGACACCAUACCGGGACGUGUCAUAUGCAAAUCACGAGCUAAUCCUGAGCCCCUCUAUGAGUGGCACUUCCAGAAUAGGACGGUUACGCAGGGCAAUGCCUUGAUUAUCAAUACGGCCAUGCAACGGAACGACACGGGCAUCUACACUUGUCGGGCCUUCAACAAGCACGGCGAGAGCACAGCGGAAACGGUCAUCGAUGUACAAUUUAAGCCGCGUUGCGAAAUCGAAAGGCGUGAGAUCGAUGAACGGGAUACACUAAUUUGCACAGCAUACGGAAAUCCUGAAGAGGCCGAUUUUUCAUGGUCAAUUAAAGCUGAAAAUGAAACCGUCGAAUGGCUGGGCAGCGGCAACAGUAAGUCCUCCCAGAGCUUUUACGAACUGCAAGAGGAUUACGCAAUUGCACGAACCUAUCGAUGUGUGGCCAACAAUACGGUCGGUGCGGGUGCCUUCUGUGAGAUUGAAGUUGCUGCUGGUUCAGCGCUUUAUCUUUGGUGGCGAGAACAAUUGGCUUGGUGGCAACGUUGGGACAAAACGACGCUCAUUAUUCUGGUGGUCGCCAUAUUGGGAUUAUUGCUGGCCGUCAUCAUUAUUUGCUGCAUAAUUAUUUGCAUAUGCCGUCGCCGUCGGCGUCAGGAUAAAUUACACGACAAGUCGUCUUCACUGGGGGAUCCAUUGACGGAACCUGGCGAGUAUGAGAAUCUACCGUUUCAUGGUCUGCAAACGGCACCUAACAAGUUCUCUACUACCCCUACAAAUUUUAAUAACAACACAAAUGUGGUGCGCGUCGCUCCACGACCCAAGAGACUAAAUGGAAGUAUCAGCCAACAACACCAACAGCAACAGCAGCAACAACACCAGACACUGCAGCAUCAUCACCAGCAGCAACAUUACUACGACCAGCAACAACAUCAGUACCAGCAGCAGCAGCCGCAGCAGCAACAACAACAACAGCAACAGUACAACACCAUGCAGUACGCGCGUGGUGUCAUGACCAAUGCGACAUUACCUCCUCAUAAUCGCAGUCUCCACAACAUACACGACCAACAUCUGCAGCAGCAGCCGCAGCAGCAGCAACUGUUGCAGCCACAACAGCAGCAACACCAGCAGCUGCCAGAGGGAUGCGAUGCGCCACAUCAAAUAACGUACAAUCUGAGCAACUGCUUUCCGAAAAGCUACACCGAGUACUAUCAUCAGCAACAGCAUCAGCAGCAAAAGUUCCACACCAACUCGGCUUCGAAUGCGCAAUUAUUGAACGCCAUUGAGCACGAUUAUCCCACAUAUGCGGUGGUUGAGCGGACUGGAGGGGCUUCAUCUUCCAUACCGCCGCCCCCACCGGCACCCAGCUCGGCUCUCUUGAACACGAACCCCUUUUUAGCGGCCAGCAACUUUAAAAAGUACGAUGCUGCCGGCAGCAGCAUGCAACGCGUCAAGCGCAAGGGCAGCAGCCUGCUGGAUCGCAUGGAUAUGGACAAGAAGUUCUAUUCUCUGAAAUUCCCGGGAGCCAGCAAAAAUAGCAGUAACAAGAAACAGGCGGCUUACAAUUUGAAUGCCUCACUGGGAGUGGCAGGGACAACAACAGCAACAACCGGAUCAGGAGCAGCAGCGGCAGCCAACAAAUGCAAACGACAUCAUUCCUUUGCUGGCGGUAGCCAUGGCGAUAUUGAUUCCGUCGGUGCGCUCAAGCAGCCUUUGCGCUUCUAUGAUCCGCCCGUCUAUGAAAAUUUGGCAGACAAGUGCGGACAAUUAGAAGGGACGCUGAUGCAAGGCGGCAGCAGCAACACAGCCACCGUCCAGCUGCACACGCAGCCCGGAGGAGCGGAGAGUGCUGCUCCCGCCUCAGCUGCUGUUCUCGUUACGGCGAGCCAAAAGAAAAAACAUCACCAUCGCCAGCACCAGCAAAAGAAUGAUGCCAACGUAGACUUCCAGCUGAUGGAGCCGGAGCGCUUAAGCAUUUAUCGUAGCGACUCCGGCAUAUCGAAUAGUUCGUACGAGUCGCACGCAACGCCAUUGCCCGCCCUGGGCUUGGGCGCCCAAAAAUCGACCAAGGCCCACAAGGGCGCCUCUGCCAGUGGCCUUGCUAUCCAGCUUAAUAAGAAUAAGCAGCAGCAGCAGCAUCCACCACGUGGCUGCCCACCUGUCUACAUGAACGUGGAGGGACAGCCUUUGGCACGUGCCGGCUCACCUGGGCACAUUAAUUCGUCCUACGAGUCCGCCUCCUCCUCGCAGCAUGAUGGAAAUGCGGGCGGGGGCGGCGGUGGGCCCGAUCCCACCUCUCUCUCAUCCUGCACCUCGCUCUAUAGCAGCGGCACCGGCACCAUCAUUGGCAGCAAUAACAGCAACAACAGCAGCGCAGCUGCCCGCUGCAGUCGCCACAAUCAGAAGCAGCAGCAGCAACAACAACAUCAGCAGCAGACAACUGCCGAAAUCACCACACCGGAGGAUUACGAGCAGUACCAACUGGGCCAUCAACCCGCCCACUCCGCCUCCAUGCUGUCUGUGGCCAGCAGCAUCAGCGCUGCCAGCAGCAGUCGCAAGUGCAAGCAACAGCAACCACUUCGCGUUAGCAAUGCAGGACUCCAUGAGCAAACCAAACUGGCCGCUAAUCCAUUUCUAGCAAUUAAACGGCCCGUCAGCAACAGCAACAGCAACAACAACAGCAACACUAUCAUCGGGGACAACAGCAACAGCGCCCACAUCAAUGCCUGCAACAAGAAAUUACGACGACAGACCAUCAGCGACCCCUACGCACAUAUCAAAUGGCAUAAUGCCAGCAACAGCAACAACGAAGCCUCUGCUGCCGACGGUUAUAGCGCCAAAUCCGCGCGCUUUGCGCACACGCCAACAACAGCAUCAGCAGCAACAACAACAACAACAACAGCAGCAGCAGUUGUUGGUCAACAAAUUGGCAACAGCAGGAACGCCAACACUGACGCCAAUCAUCAACAACAAAUGCUAAUGCCAAAUGAAUUGCUGCUCCAAGCGAGUCGAUUAGCAGCCACAAGCGAUGAGAAUUUAAGAUAUGACCAACAGCAAUUGCCACUCGAUGCGGCCUACGAUUGUUUGGUGGUGCGGCGACCCAUGCGGCUGCCACUUCGCAAACAUCACACCUUCCACUUCCAGCCCAUGCAAACGGCGGCCGGCAAAUUGCAGCAACUCCGUCAGCAAUUGCAACAACAACAGCAGCUCCAACAAAGGGCAGAGCAGGGUCCUUUGGUUUAUCGUCCAUUGACUUUAAAUGAGCAGCAUGCCUUUAAGCCUAUUUCGCCAACACCUGCAACACCAACAGCAGUAGCUGCAACAAUUGCUGCUGCCGAUUAUGAAGAAGGCAACGCGGACGUAGCAUGUGUUCGUCAGCCGCAAUUAAAUCCUGCCGCUUCAUUGGAGGCAUUAGAGGUGCUAACUAAAACGCAUCCCGAUUUUAUGUUUGCCCGCAAAACAAACACCCAAGUGGCCGGCAAUGUCGACCCACAAGAGAAGAAAGAAACUGAAGAAGGGGAUGGUGUGGAGCAGGAGCAGGAGGAGGAAGAGGAGGACCUCGGUUACUCCUUUUGCGAGGAAGAAUAUAUGGUUGACGACAUUGACGAGGAUGGCGAAAUCACGCUUCAUAAUCCAACAGCACCGCCCCCCACCCCCGCCCAUUGCAGUGCCAGCCGCACCAACGCCUCUACCCAUAGAAACGAUCCUGUUGUGAAUGCCACGGCAGGUGCCUUGAGGUAUUUCAUGACUCAAAGCUAUCGCGAGGUGCACAUUUAGAGAAGAAGCCUAAAAACGACGCAUACAAGGUAUUUAGUGUUAAAAGAAAUUCUGGAUAAGAACUCAUAAUAUUAAACAACUUAAAGAUUAUACUUAACUACAUAGCAUAAUUUUGUUUAGCACUACCACAUGAGCAGCAUUUCAGAAUCAACUAAUGAACCAUGUACUUCAGAAGAGUGUAGAAAACUAUCCCACUCCUUGAGAACUGAUUAGCUAUCGAAGGUUAUGUGUAGUCAACAAAUAAUGGCUCAUCUAGCAGUUCUAUGUUAAAUAAGUUGGACUCUUUAUAUAGACAGUCGAAUUCUAAGUUAUCAUCUAAAGUUUCACUCCCAUAACUUAGAAAUCCGAUGUUAACUGGAUAUUGGUGCGUAAACCAAUUUAU